AUGACUAUAACUGCAAGCAAUGCUGAAGGUUGGCCCUGGGAAGUGAAGGUGAGUCAAGGCCUAAUGGACGGACACCAGAAGGGGUUUGAACGAGAAGGGAGGGAUGGGGGGAGUCCAAGAGCAGGGGCCAGAAAUGGGUUAGAGCCAAUAGACCACACAGAGGCCACAAUGAUGCUGUACGAAUGGGUCCAUCACCACCGGCUCUCUGUUACCCUGAAUCCUCCCAGGGUACUGUUUCAGACCUCAGACCUUCACGUGAAAUUUCUGAUAUCCACAAUUCCUCAGAUCUUAUUUCCACGACCCCCCUUCUCCUGCCAUCCUAUCCCUGUAUUCCAGGAAGAAGAUGGGAAAGCCCUGGGCCUGGGCGGGGGUGCUAACGAGGCGACCACCUGCACCGCCCCACUUACCAUCUGCCCCGCGGGGAGGGCCCCCCGGGCUAGCGGAGCCCUCCCUGCUCCCGGGCGGCUCUGGAGGAGCUCGGUGUUCGCCUCCAACCCUUCGCUACCGGAGGAUCAGUUUCCUCCCCUCCUCCCCCUCCAGCUCCGGCCGCCGCCGCCGCCGCCGCCGCCGCCGCCGCCGCCGCCGCCUCCUUCUUGCAUGACACAGCAGAACCGCAGCUGCUGCAGCAAUUCCAAGCCAUCCGCCCAGGAAGCGCUGCAACCGGGACUCGGGAGGGGUGGAGGGGGCGAGGCAGAGGCCACGGCCCCGGGGGAUCCUUGGCCCCACUGUGCACCACACACUCCUUUCCCAGCCCAGGGGCACGCGAACAAAAUGAGGCUCAAGCUGACCAGGCCGAGCCGGAGGAACGCUGGGGCUUGGCAGCAGAAGGGAUGGGACCAGAGAGAAGGGUGUGGAGGAGACCCCAGUGAGGGCCCGAACAUUUCAGGUAAAGAGAGGUCAUAUCUCCGUACCUCACUUCCUGACACAAACAAGUUUUCACUGUUGUCAGCAACAAAGCCCUAAUAUAGCUGCGGAAGAGAAAAACUGCAUUGCAUUUUGCCUCCUGCAAGCAUCAUCAACAGUUACUGGAGGAACGUAAUUCCAGAAAGCUUGAAAGCCGUGGUGAUGGUAAUUAUGUAUCAAAUGCCUGGUUCUAUUUCUGUUAUUAUUGUUUUGCCAUUUCUGUUCUCCCAGCGAUCUGACUGAACUCGCAGAGGGGCAAAUCCAGUUUUUCUUUUUGACUUUUGUCAAACUGAAUCAGGCCUGAUAGAAAACUCAUUGCUCUCCGGGGAAACAAAGUAGGAGCCACGAAAUGUCAUUUUAACAGAGCGUGGGUUUGGUGACUGUAGGAAAGGAUUUGAGGACGCUCCUUCUGUUCGGCUUCCUAUGUCAUGAGCACAGGCUCCACGCACGCACAGACACCACGGCUCCCGGAUGCUGUGGCUCCCCGAUCUGGGCUCCUGCAGCGCCAGAAGCCCCUCCGGGAUGCUUCGAGGGGCUCCCGGUGGGUGGAGGUACGGACGCCGCUGCGGCCGCCGCCGCCAGUCCUGCUGAUGUUGUUGCUGCUGCAGUCACGUGGGAGCCCCUUUAAGUUUCCAUAGAGAGGCCUCUCUGGUGUCACAUGAUGGACAUGAUAUAAUGAAACAACAUUGUGGAGAGGAAAGCAUUAGGGGAGCCCACGGCUACAAAAACAAGUGAGUGAGAAGAGGUGGGAGGAAGAGAAACUACGCCACCUCCCCUGCAGCCGAGUGCACGCAGCAGCCUGGCGUGACAAGUGGGCGACGCCGGGGGGCAGGGAGCCGGGGUCCUUGGCCCUGGCCGGGGACCCCACCGCCCACCUCGCGGAGGACAACUUUUAGCCGGCAACCCCGGCCAGCGCAGCACCUGUCUCCGGAGUCUCCACCGCUCCUCCCGAUCCAUCCCAGGGAAAUUCUCAAGAAUACGCUCUACAAAUCUACGUGCGCAUCGUUUUCCCCUCGCGUCGCGCACGGGAGGAAGGAACGAGGCAAGGAGCUAAAGCAGCGUGCGUUCAGCCCUGGGGCAUUUUAUUAAUGCUUUUACGAGUUAGAAGAGUUGGGAUAAUUUGCCAUCUGGAGUUUCUCUGCCUUGCUGAUCUGAGCUCAGACCUGCCAAUUUGCCAGAGAUGAUUGAUAACACCCUGUAACAGCUGAGUAAGUAGAUUCUUCUGUUUGUUUUACUGCUUUUAAAAAUUUAAAGUUUUAAAAUACUAUAAACUUUAAUUGGGUUCUUUAAAUUUUGUUGUUGAAUAAUAAUGGCAAUUAUUAUGAUAUUUUAAUGAGUGAAUAUUUAUAAAUAAUGGGAUUCUGGAAGAAAUUAAUCCCCGAUGAUAGAAAAGAGUUAAUGAACACUUUCUCCAUACAUUUUAGCAUUCAAGAAACAUAGGACUUAAAUACAUAUAUUAAAAAUUUAGGCCAGGUGCAGUGGCUCACGCCUGUAAUCCCAGCACUUUGGGAGGCU